AUGCUAACAGCGGCACUUUGGCUUGCCGUUGGGUGGCUGGUCCUCGUGGGCAAGAAGAAGCUUGCCCACAUGUCAGGGGUCGAGGGCAUUGCCGCCGUGCUGUACUGGCAGGUCCAAAUCAUCACGACCGUCGGCUACGGUGACAUGUGUCCCGAUUCGGACGACACUCGUCUGUUCGUGGCGGUCUACGUGGUGGUGGGGAACGUGGUAGCUGGCGUGGGCGUGAUGGAUUAUCUGAAGUGUGCUCGCGCAGGGGGCGGAAGAGACCAAGAAGGACUCGCUGUCGAAGUCCGCUCCACGCUCGAGGCGGCGGCGGCUGCGUCUGGGGGCCGCCUCGUGCGCGUGAACCUAGAGGACUCGGAGCCGCCCCCGGCUUUGGAGGCCGCCGGCCGCGCCGUCGGCAUCCCACUCGGCGCCUUGGAGGCGCUACGGCGCAUCGACGCGCUCGUCGCUGGCUGA